UAGGCAGUGAUCAAGUUUAUGAUACUUUUUUUAAUAGUUGUCUUUGUGCAAUUAGUUCCACUGAGUUCUCAGAAACUUUACAAACCAUAGUCCUCGUGCAGGAAAAUAUUUCACACUUGCUUUCUUCAGGUUUAAUUUUGGAAAAUCCUGCCAAUUAAAAUGCACUUUGACAUGCUGAAAGUUCUAGUUGGUUUGAUGAACCCUUAAUAGCAGCUCUGUUGGCUCGAUGGCCUCUGCUGGAGAAGAAAUAAGAAAUUCAGAGAAAGCAAUCCAGUUGAUGGGAGGUUCCAUGGUGGAAUUGUGUACAGCUUAAAAAUCUUGGUUCUGUAGGCUAUCUCUUGGGAAUUGAUGUUCAAAAAUCUGCAACUCACUACUUUCUCAGCCAACAAAGAUAUGCACUUUAACUACUUGAUACUGCCGGACUAACCGAAUGCCGAACACUCAGCACUCCUAUGCCAGUGAAACCACCUGCUGCUACAGUUCAAGCUCUGUCAUUUCACGAUCCCACCUUGUAUUGUCAAUUGACGAGCACUUCAAUAUCUAAUUGUGAUACACCCGGACAUUGCAUAUGUCGUUAAUCGUUUAUGCCAGAAGAUGCAUGCACCUAUGACAUCAGAUUAUAAGCAGCUGAUUCAUCUCUUCCGCUACCCCGAAGGAACAAUUCAUUUUGGAUUGCUUAUCGAACUGGGUACUCCUAAUUUUACCUCCUAUGUUGAUGCUGAUUGGGCAGGGGAUCUAUCCGACCGGAAGUCUACAACUGAGUGGAAUCACAUAGCCCUUUUGGUCAAAGAACUGCUGUUAUUUGUUUUAAAGAGUACGCGACUCCAAAGAAAUAUCCCCGGCAUACGGAGGAUAAUGGAGAGAAUUUCAACACACGAUGAAGUAGGAGGUGCUGGAGGCUCUUACUCUUAUGAAGCUUUGAAAAGAUUGGACCGUCUAUGGUCUAACAUAUGUGCAACGACUCCACCAGAUGAAAGGGAUAGCUACAAAGUUAUUUCUCGAAUUUCUGGUCCUUCCUUUGGCAGUGAGGUGGAUAAGAACAAUUCCAAAUGCAUAUUCCAUGUAAUAGUUUGUGGUGGCACUCUAGGCAUUUUUAUUGCUACAGCACUAGUUUCUAGAGGCCUACAUGUGGGCAUUGUGGAAAGAAACCAGCUUAAGGGGAGGGAGCAAGAGUGGAAUAUCUCAGGAAAAGAGCUUAUGGAACUUGUCGAUGUUGGGAUUUUAACAAAAUCAGACAUUGAACAGAUAUGCACGUCUAAGUUCAAUCCAAACAGAUGCGGCUUUGAGAAGAAAGGUGAAAUUUGGGUUGAAGACAUUCUUAACCUUGGUGUUUCGCCAGCUAAAUUAUUGGAGAUUAUGAAAGAACGUUUUGUUUCCUUAGGUGGCAUCGUGUUUGAGGGAAAAAGCUUGUCCAGCAUAUGCAUUUAUGAUGAUGUUGCGGUUUUGAAAUUGAAUGAUGGCGGUACAUUGUCCUCAUAUCUUGUUGUUGAUUCAAUGGGCAACUUCUCUCCAUUGGUGAAACAGAUAAGAUCAGCCCGAAAACCUGAUGGCAUAUGCCUUGUGGUAGGUUCGUGCAGCCGUGGUUUUUAUGACAACUCGUCAAGUGAUAUUAUAUUCAGCAAUUUUUCAGCGAAAAGAUUUAACAAUAUGGAAUUACAGUACUUUUGGGAGGCAUUUCCUGCUGGCUCUGGCCCUACGGAUAGAACUACUUACAUGUUCACUUACGUUGAUGCAAAACCAGGUGCACCAAAGUUGGAAGAGUUGUUAGAGGAUUAUUGGGAUCUAUUGCCACAAUAUCAGGGAAUUGCUAUUGACAAUUUAGAAGUUCUCAGAGUUGUAUUUGGUAUCUUCCCUACUUUUCGUGACAGCCCUCUUCGAGCAGCAUUUGACCGUAUUGUCCAAGUUGGUGAUGCCAGCGGAAUCCAAUCACCGGUUUCUUUUGGUGGUUUCGGUAGCAUGACACGACACCUCCGCCGACUUUCAGCUGGGAUAUAUGAAGCAGUAGCCGGGGGAUUCCUUGAUCAGCACAACUUGAGUUUAUUGAACCCUUACAUGCCAAACCUAAGCGCCUCAUGGUUGUUUCAAAGAGCAAUGUCAGCACGAUCAGAUUCUGAUGUGCCCCCCACCUUUAUUAAUGAACUCCUUUUUUACAAUUUUCAAGCUAUGCAGAGGCUCGGUGAUGGCGUCCUUCGCCCAUUUCUUCAGGAUGUGAUACAGUUUGGACCUUUAGUGAAGACUCUGGGUUUGGUUAUGAUAUUUCACCCCCAAAUCUUACCAUCAAUAUUCAAACAUGUUGGCUUUGAUGUGAUCCUUGAUUGGUUCCGGCAUUUUUCAAUGCUUGGUUGCUACACCUUUUUAUCCAGCUAUAUCAGUCCUAUCAUAAGCAAUUUCCAAUAUUCAAGGAGAGACUUUUUACUGAUUUUAGUUUCAAGUUUAGGCCAUGGAUCGAACUCCUCCCAGAAAAGAACAAGUACAGGUGGAGGCGGCAUCUGGAAGCAUGGAAGUAUGGCUCUGGUUUAGACUACAACGAUUCAAUGAGGUAGAUUUGUAAAGAUUUUCUUUCUUGGCUUUAUUUCAUCAAAUGACUCCUUGCUGAGAUCAACAGAUGGUCUCAACUCAAAUAUGAGAUCAACA